UGGUGGGCAAGUGUGAGUCAAGCCGCCAAGAUAGCCGCGGAGCCGAAGCUGCAGCUGUGCGGUGGUUGGAGCGGGCAGGUUGGCUUCGCGCUGGAGGGAUGCGUGGACGCAAGCCUGCUCCGACCACCGCCACCACAGCCACACUCCAGCCAACUUGGUACCGUGUACGCCACCAAGCGGAGACGGAGAAAUGGCAAAAGUAUCAAACCACCUUCAAAAGACGGCGUCACCAAGAGUAACCCGAGCAAGAGACACCGGGAGCGACUCAACGCCGAGCUGGACACACUGGCUUCGUUGCUGCCCUUCGAGCAGAACAUCCUCAGCAAGCUCGACCGCCUCUCCAUAUUGCGGCUGUCCGUCAGCUACCUGCGAACCAAGAGCUACUUCCAAGUGGUCAUGCACAAAGAAAAGGAAGACCUCCACGGUCAUAGAAGGGAACACUCGCCGUACGACCACGCUAUGCCUGAUGGCGAGAUGUUUUUACAGGCACUCAAUGGCUUCCUGAUGAUACUGACAUGUGAGGGAGAAGUAUUCUUCGCCACCCACAGUAUCGAAAGUUAUCUGGGCUUCCAUCAGUCCGAUAUAGUUCACCAAUCAGUCUACGAAUUAGUCCACUCAGAAGACCGGGAGGAGCUACAGAGGCAGCUGCUAUGGAACUCCUUCCUACCCCCUGAAGUGAGCAAUCUCACACUGCAAGAUGUUCUAAGGCCCGAUAGAACUCAUCUACUGGAACGUAGCUUCACAGUUCGGUUUAGAUGUCUACUAGAUAACACCUCAGGGUUUUUGAGGCUAGACAUCAGGGGCCGGAUCAAGGUGCUGCACGGUCAGAAUAAGAAGACGGAAGAGCCGCCUCUGGCCUUGUUCGCGAUCUGCGCGCCAUUCGGUCCGCCGAGCUUGCUCGAGAUCCCGCAAAAAGAAGUCAUGUUCAAGAGCAAACACAAGCUCGAUUUGUCUCUAGUCUCUAUGGAUCAAAGGGGUAAAAUGCUGCUAGGUUACACCGACGCAGAGCUAGCUAAUAUGGGUGGAUAUGACUUAGUUCAUUACGAUGAUCUGGCUUACGUGGCCAGUGCACAUCAAGAAUUAUUAAAAACUGGUGCUUCCGGAAUGAUCGCGUACCGCUUCCAAACGAAGGAUGGACAAUGGCAGUGGCUGCAGACAUCAUCACGCCUGGUCUACAAGAACUCCAAGCCUGACUUCGUUAUCAGCACCCACAGGCCUCUCAUGGAGGAGGAGGGUAGAGACCUUCUUGGCAAGAGGACUAUGGACUUCAAAGUGAGCUACCUCGACACGGGCCUGACGAGCCUCUACUUCUCCGAGACAGAGCAGUUGUCCGGCUGCGAGUCCAACGUCACCACGCCACCCAGAGCCGCUAGGAGAUAUAAAACACAGCUGAGAGACUUCUUAUCGACGUGUAGAAAUAAAAGAAGGGUUCCUACUACGCCCGCUCCGCCUCCCGUAGAUUAUUUAGCCGCAGAUGCCGUCGCAGCGGCGUACACGAAUUUAAACGGAGCAUACACCGCGCCCUACGGAGAAUAUCCACCAGCUCCAACCCUACACUACGCCCCACCGCCGUUAGAUGACAGGUUCCUAACGGCGGACAACCUUUUUCAUCAGUAUAAACCCUUAUCCUACCAUUACACCCCUUACGCGCCCAACGGCUUCCUAGAACCAGCUCCACCACCCGGGUACGAAGUGGCCCCCACGUACCACAGGCCCCCUUCGAGAGAAUAUACUUACGUCGACAGUAGCGGAAGAUAUAUGAGCCCAGUGACGGGUCAAGAGAGGAGAUCGCCCAGUGUGGUCCCCGGCCCCAGUCCCGGAGGAUCUAGCGGGUCCACUGAGCAGGAACGAAUGCAGCAGACGCAAGCUUCGGAGAUGCCAAGACAAACGGUGCUGAUGUGGGGCGCGGGCGGGACGGUUCAAGAGGCUCCAGUAGAAUACUCCCCUCCACAGGUUUGGCGUUACCAUCCAUCACAUUACCACACCGCUGAAGCAACUCAGUGAACGCCUUUGGCUUUUUAUGUGCAAUCAAUUGUGUAUGUGUAGAUAUAUGACAUGAGACUUGUCUUCUAUUACAAUCAAAGUAGGUGCAAUUAAUUGUUGGUCACGAAGCGAACCUAGCGCUCCUAAAAGGGUAAAUUUUGAACAUUUUAACCUAUAAUAUUCUAAACCGUUUUAUAAAAAAUAUACCUAAUCAAGUCAUUGAAUUUUAACACUUGAAGAUUAUUCUUAAUUAUGACAAAUAUUGGCCUCAUGCAUGCAUGUCAAGAUAUUCCGAACUCUACCUACUUGUUACCAGAUAACCUUCUAAAAUCCUAAAGAAUACCUCGCUCAGUGGUUUUGUAGAAUAUUUCUAUGUCAGACUUUUAUAAGUCUAGAAUUUAGUUUAUUUAGCCUAAAACAGGGUCCUCCCAUUAUCUUCUUUGUAGAUAAAUUUGUAUUGUAUAUUUAUAAAAAUAAUUUGAAAAUUCUAUCCAAAUAUUACGAAUUAACUUGAUAGUCCAUUUUAUAGGGUAAUCAUAAAGUAAUCAUAAAAUCACAUCACGCAAUGCAAUGUUACACACGUUAUCUAAUAAUGUUCUAAGAAGUUGUAAAUAUUAUUUUUUUAUAAUAUUUUGUAAGCUUGAGCUUUUGUGUUGAUGUUUUGCUUAGCGUGUGGUCACAGUACGAAGUCAUCUACCCCGAAUGACGCGAAGUGAGAUCAGCGGUGUAGAAUUUAUUGUACAGUAUAUUGAUUUUAUGCAUAAUAAUAUCCUAUUACAUUGAUAUUUUAUUUCAAUUCCGCUUCGCUUCAUUUCGUUGACAUAAAGUCUACUUUUUACGAUAAAACAGAAAGACAAAACAUAUCAAUAUGUAUAAGCACGCCCACAUAUUUGUAACUCUUCAAAUUUUAUAACACAUAGUAAUAAUCACAAAACUAUUAUUGUCUCCAUAAGUACCUGUGAUACAUUUUUAAUGAUAUAUACUGAACUUAAAUAAUUAUUCACCAUUUUAAAUAUGAUUUACUAUAACUAUGAAGUUGCCCAUAAUCCCCAUUGGGAUAAGCAGACAAUCUUGCAGGCAAGUAAAAUAUUAUCUUUAAAAAAAUCUGAAUAAGUAUUUUGAAUAAGAGAGUCUACAAAUAUUAAGAGCAGACUUGUACGUAGAUAGUAGACGCAGUAUAAUUCACUUUAUUUGAGGUUUUUUAUUUAAACAACUUAUGGGGACAAAUCCAAAGCACUGCCAUGCCAACGUUCGGAGCACACGCGUCUGUAUAUACACUCCUCGUGCCUUCGUUAUUCACUACAUGACCAGAUUUCAGACUCAUUUGCAUCAUAAUAAAAUGUGAUUUCGUUGUACAGUGACCGGCGACGUUGGCAAGGCAAGAUGACGUCGUAAAAACGAAAAUCUCUUCCGCCGUCAGUUUAGUAUAUAAGCUCUAGUUUAUAUUCGAUAACACAUUACGAAAAAUAUUGCUUUACGCGUCUAGAAAAAAACAGAUGUUCGUCAAGUACUUACGAAUUACACUUACAUCAAACAAGUCAAGAAUUAGUUAAACGAAAAUGUAUAUUAUGGAAGCAAUACUUUUUGUAACGUGAAUCGUUGUACCUAUUUCGUCUUCUCAUUAAAGUUUAAAAUCUAAAUUGUCGAUUCUAAACGACAUAAAAUAAGAAUUUGUUUUUAUACUAAUGUGGAAUCCGCCCAGAUUCUGCGUUUCUUCCAUUGAACUCUCCAAUUGCAAGGUUUUCCCUCGAAUUACUCAAUACAUUCGUAUAUUAUUGAUGUAAAAACAGUUAACUUAUUAAAAUAAAAUAAUUAUAAUAUUGUGUUCAAAUCCAACACUGUUUUAAGACUCAUGACUUGAGUAAUAAUAAAUAUUUAUUGAAACCGAAAAAUUGCUCUAAUUUAAUCGUAAAAUAGAAAAUAGGUUUUAGAUGCUUAAUUAUGUAAUAUUGAUAACUAUUCUUAAUUAAAUGAAUAUAUAAAUAAGAUAAAAUUAUCCGAACAUUUUCUGUAUUUAUUUUAG